AUAUAAACUGUCCCCACCUGAGAGCAUCUGGAGCAAUUCGUUUCUGCACGAAGCCUGUCCUGACUCACGAAACGGGGUCCUGAUCUUGCCGCAACCAAAAUGAUGAAGCUCAGCUUGGGCAGGAUGCCCCUCAAGGUGAAAUUUGCUGCCUUCUUGGCAAUGGCUCUGCUUCUCCCAGAUGUGACAUCCAUGAGCAUUGGAACUGCCAGUCCGUUCCCCAGUGUGGCUAAUGGGCCAGAAGCAGAUGUCCUUGAAAAGGAGAGUGCCCUGGAUGACUUUGAAGACAAUGAUUUUGAAUCCAAUGAUUAUGGAACUGUUUCACCUGACAAAGUGACCGAGGCUCUUAGCAAUACCGGAAAAGAGAUCACCAACGAAGAUAAAGUCACUAACUUGGAAGAGUCCCCAAAGGAAAAUAACCCAGCAGAAGUGAACACUGCUGAAGAGGAAAAUGUAACCGACCUUGAUGAAACAGAGGCGGAUGCUCUUAACUUUAUAAGACUCGUUGCCAAGAGAGCUGCUGAGGAGGAGGAGGAAGAGAAGGAUGUACAACCUGAGUCAGUUGACGAGGACAACUUUUCAUUUUCUGACUUAGCCAAAAUCCUUAGCCCCUUGGUGAACGCUUUUUCUGACAUACCAAAGUCUGAGCCUCCCCCAUCAGAAGACUUUCUUUCUUGGUUUCCUGACCUGAAGAAACUUGUGGAUGAUCCCAGUGCAGCCAAACCAGCAGGGAGUGUGGCAUCGGCAAGAAGAUCCGAUUUCCCUACUUCCCCAGAGCCGUCCCUGCAAAUAGCCCCUGCCUCUUCACAGCCGACUCCAUUUGGGGACCUUUCAUCCCCAUCUCUGCUGGGAGAAUCAGCCACUACUGUUCCACCAACCAUACCUGAACCUCCUCAGACUAGCCAGUCUUCUCUCUCAGACUCCUCAGAGUCUGAAGAGAGUUUUUAUUAAGCAGGCACAGCCAACUUAUCCUCACUUUUUGGAGAAUUAGGAAAAUGGGAGUAGCAGUUAAGGAGGGCAGGGGGGAGUCUCUUCUCCCCACCCCAUAUUUCUCUUUGGGAUCACCUAUAUUUCUUGUUAUUAAAAAAGUAUAAAAAGUAAGCACAAUCUUUGCUCUCAAAACACAAGGCUUUUGUUUGGCAAUUUAAUCUUGCAUCUAUCCAAAAGCAGGCUUUUGAACCCACUGAAAGCUGAAAUGGUCCAUCUGUGAGGAAAUUUAGCAGGACAAAGGUGUGUUGCACUUAGGAACCCAGAGGAGAUAAAUUUGGUUUGUUUGCAUUUUUAUACAAAACUAUCCAAUUUGCACUUCGCAAAACAAUAUGUGAACUGAAAUGUGGCUGUCCUUUGAAAUUUAUACUUCUCUGAAUUUCUCUAACCCAAAACUGUGUACAAGAAUGCAUAUAUGAGGGGAACGUGUGCAUAAAAAUGCAUAUAUUAGUGAAAUGACAUAUAAAAGUGCAUUAUAUUAGGGAAAAUUGCCUGCAAACAUAUCUGUAUUAUGAGAAAUGCACACUAAAAUGCUGAUGCCUUUUCAACAGGACUUUUUUUUUUAAAAAAAAAUGCAAACAAGAUGCAAAAAAGUGACAAACUGAAAACAUAAGAACAAGAAGACACCAAGAAAAAACAAAAUUGACAGAUUUAUCUAUCCUUCAUUUUGCUUGGGCAUAGUGAAUUAACUCUGCAUUGUCUCCUUAAAUAGUCAAGCCUCCAGAUUCCCCCCACCAUCUUCACAGGAGCCUGCUGCACACUAUUAUAAUAACAGCCCUGCCAGGACGCUGUAUAUUACCCUGUUUAAUAAACCUGAUUAUUAUCCA